AUGGAUUAUUCUGAACGGGUGAAUUCUAAGAAGGGGGCUGGUGGUAUAGCUGGUGCAGAAGAAGCCAAUGUUCAUACCAAGAGACGAAUUCAAGAUUUAUUAGCCACUCAAGUACUAGACUUAGAACACGAUCCUUAUGUAUUUCGAAAUCAUCUUGGAUUAUUAGAAUGUAAAUUAUGUUUAACUACACAUGUCAGUGAAUCAUCAUAUAUAUCCCAUUUAUCAGGCCGAAAGCAUGGGUUAAACCUUGAACGAAGACGAUUGCUUGAUGAAAAAUAUAAUCAAAAUAAAGAAAUUAAUGCCAAAGUUGCUAAUUUAGUAUCUAUAAAUAAUACUGAAAAGAGAAAUUGGAAAAAGAUAGGUAAACCAGAAUUCAACCUUACUAAAAUACGAGAUCCUGAUACUUUACAAGUAGGUUUAUUACUUCAAAUCAAAUAUCCAAAUAUAACCAUUGAAGAACCAUUAUUUCGAAUAAUGUCAUAUUAUGAAUUAUCAACUAAGAAUCAAAAUAUAAUAGUAUCAUAUCUCGAUCGAGAGUCAGAUUCAACCACUACUACCAAUGAAGAUGACAAAUUAGAUUCUAAUUCCUAUCAAUAUUUAGUCAUAUCGGGUGAACCAUAUGAUAAUAUUUGUUUAGCCAUACCGAGUGAUAAAGAAAUCGAUAAACCUAUAGAGAUAACAGAAAUGUCUAAGAGUUAUUGGUGGUUCUGGGAUAAUGAUUCCAAGGAGUUCUUCCUUCAAUUCUUAUAUAAAUCAUAG